UGUCGUAGCUCUGCUCAUUCGCCAAUUUUCACACGUAGUGAACGACUUCUCGCUCGAGGAAGUAGCCCACGAGGACGAAGACGUCAGGUGUCGUCUGUGGUGAAUUCAAGUCAGGAGACGGUGUGGAUUGGAGCUGAGCAGUACCGUCGACUGCAUCCGCAGAACUACUAUCCAUCGCGCAGUCCAUCCUAUACUAGGAGUGAACGCAGCCUCGACGGUGGCAGUGUUCAUUAA